AUGAAUUUCGAUAUAGUGUUUUUAUUGGUUUCUAUUUUAGUAAUGGGAGGAAGUUAUUACUUAUUGUUUGUAAAGAAAAAAAACAAAUAAUAAACAGUAGUUUAAUAAGGUUAACAAUAAGCAUAAGUUUAGUAAUAAGGAUAAUAGCAAUAAUAACAAUAAUAAUAAUAAAGAAGAUAAAUAAAUAGAGUUGAAGUAGAAUCAGAUGAUGAAUCAGAUAGAGAGUUAGAUGUAUAGAAUGCAGAAUAAUAAGCAAAAAGAGAAGCUAGAAAAUAGAAGAAACAAUAACAAUAAUAAUAUAUUAGAUAAUAAAUAGAAAUGUUAGAAAAGAAAAAUGAAAAAAGAAGCAAAGAAUAUGAAGAAAAAGAAAGGUAAAGAGAAUAAUAAGAAUAAGAAGAAGAGGAAUGGAGAAAAAAGAUUGAAGCAGAAUAAAAAUUAAAAGAAUAAGAGGAAUUUGAUAAAUGGAGUGUAAAUUAUAUUAAAUUAAACAAUAGAGUAUGUUCUAAGUUGAAUAGAGCGGAACUAUGAGAUUGUCAGUCGAAGAAGAAGAACAAAAAAACAAAGAAUUUAAUGAAAAAUUAGCAAAUUAUAUUAAAUUAAGAAAAGUAGUAUAGUUGGAAGAAGUCAGUGCUGAAUUAAGUAUAAGUACAACUGAAGUUGUGGACAAAAUAAAACAGUUAGAAAUUUUGGGAUAAUUAAAUGGACUAAUAGAUGAAAGAGGUAAGUAUAUUCAUAUCAGAUAAAAUGAAAUUGAAGUAUUUAUUCGUUUUAUAGAAAAUAGAGUUUAAUUAAUUAUAUUAAUGCAAGAGGUAGAAUGACUAGAAGUGAGCUAUUGAAUGAAAGUAAUAGAAUAAUAAAAUUGGAACCAUCAAAGCAGGAUUUAUAAAAGAUCUAAGAAGAGGAACAAAAAUUGUUAAACGAUUUAUAAUAGGAAUUAUAGCAAUGA